CUUCCAUGACUAGCUGGGCUUGUUAGUGCUCACGCCCGUACCUGUUCUCCAGUACUGGGACCGAAACACCUGUCAGACAGAGAAAGACUUCCCCUCUGCUCACAGCAGCCACACUAUCAGACUUUCGACUGAGCUGCGUGGACGACGUUGCUGUGCUGGAUAUCAAGUGAAAGCAGGUAGGGUUCGCUCUGGCUGGCAGGUGGCCUGUGAAGAAAACAAAAGAAAGAAGACAGCAAAACCCAUAGGACAAGCAUGUCAAGAGAGGGGGAUAAAGCAGCUGUGUUCCGCACCACCAAAGUGCGGACCAGGCUGAAGGGAGACUGCAGCUGGAUGCAGCCCCGCAAUGAACCUCAGGCUGAAACCACGGAGGAGAAACCAUGGGUAGCAGAAGUAAGGGCCAGACGUUUGAACGGAGCCCCUAUUGAGACCAGUCCAGUGUCCUCACCGACAGAAACCACUCCACCACCCACCAAGACAGAUACUGAAAGAGCACCAACAUCAGGAUUCCUGAUCAGAGGCAUUUUCACUAAACUAGACAAGCCUGCUUCAACCUCAACAUCUAACGGCUUAAGCAAAACAACACAAUUCACAAAAAAACCUUCAGAGACCUACAAGAAAAUAGCUCCCUACACUGUGAGGUCCACUUUGGAGAACAAGGAGGGCCAGCUUAGCAACGAGGAGCAGGAGAAACGGACAGAGGCAGCCAGCAGUGUUCUGAAGAAAUCUGCAGUCAGGCACCGGUCUUAUGUACUUUCUGCUGCUAAGAAAUACGAGUCUCAAGAAAAAGCACUUGACACUUCACCAGUCAACAACAUUCAAUCAUUUGUGGCUAAAAGGGUGGAGAUUACCGAUGAUGAUGAGAGUGCUGCGACUCCAGCACCUGCCAGCACUCCGCCCCCCUCCUUCCCCGUCGUCCCUGUCACAUCUGUUGCCUCUGCGCCUCAGCCCCGACCGCGGAAAAUAGUCGAAACCAGCGUUAAGACAGCUGUUGAUGUCGCUGUUGAUGAGCCGGUGGCACCAAAGGUGGAGGAGGAGGAGGAGGAGGAGGAGGAGGAGGAGGAGGAGGAGGCGGCGGCGGCGGCGGCGGCUGUACCACAGCCUGUGAAAGAAGACCCCCCUCUAGUGUCUGUUACAGAAAAAGACCCAUUUGAAGACAUGAUACCAGGUUGCACCAAGGUGGCCACUCCUCUCCCUGAACUCAUCCCUGAGUCUGUUAAAGCAGUUUGUAAAGAGCCAGAACCUGAAGAUUCAGAAGCUGACACACCUUUGGUUGAUCUCGCCCCAGCGUUACCAACCCCAGCAUCACCUACUCUAGCAUCCCUUGCUUCGGCUUCAGCUGUCCCACAAUCACCUGCCCCAGUGUCUCUUACUCCACUGUCUCCUCUACCACUGUCUCCUGCCCCUGUGUCAGCUGUCCCACAAUCACCUGCCCUGGUGUCUCUUACUCCACUGUCUCCUACACCACUGUCUCCUGCCCCUGUGUCACCUGUCCCACAAUCACCUGCCCCGGUGUCUCUUACUCCACUGUCUCCUACACCACUGUCUCCUGCCCCUGUGUCACCUGUCCCACUUUCACUGGCACCAGUGGCUGCUGUAACAGAGAUAGCAGUGAAGACUGAACCAGAACCAGAACCAUCUCCAAAGCCAAGCUCCAGUGUUGACACGCUCACCACUUUGUCUGACACUCUCAUUUCUUUCGACACAAGUUCAACCAGCUUUAAGGAUGAUGAGCCAGUACUGGCAGAGGAAGAGGGGAGCUCAGCGGACAGUCGCACCACAGAGAAUAGUGUUGAACAGGAGCCAGCUCCUGAGCCCAGCAACUGUGUACCAAUGACAGAUGAUCUCCUGGCUCUCUGUGAUGGUCCAGAGGCGUCUGCAGAGCCGGUUCCCCCCAGCCCAGGACGCUGGAGUCAGGAUCUGCUUAGCGGACUAGACAGUGAGUCAAACCCAGCAAAGACCAGUGGCACCCUGGAUCUCCUAGCUAAUGAUGUCAUCGUAAUCAACACAGAGGCACGCAGCCUCAGCAUGCAGCGAGAGGAGGAGAAGCAGACAGAUGAGACAGCCAAAGAAACACAAAGCCCCACAGAGACAGUCACUAUAACCACCAAAACUGUGAUCAUUUCUGACAAAAGUGAGGAGGACAUUGCAGAUCCCUGGAGCUCACGUGCAACAACCACAGUCACUGAAGCAAGCUCGGCUGAUCCGUUUGAUCCAUAUCCGAUAGGGACCACAUCCCCUAACAGCUCCUCUGACCUGCUCCAGCCCCUCUCAGAUAUUUCCAUCAACAGUUCGUCAUAUACUUACAUGGAGAAAAAAGAUCCAGUUCCAGCAACCAGUGUGCGCUUCGACAGUACGAGCAAUAAUGCAUUGGAAUCCCUUGCAGACGACGUCAUCCCUAUAAACACUGACACAAGCACUCAGCGGUCAUGGGCACACACAUGGGAAACCAGAACACCUCGGCAGACUAACACAGAUGAGAGUCAAGCAGCUGAACCAGAAGGCACAUCUGAAGCAGCAGAUCAAAAUAUGGUGGUCAAGUUUGAGAGAAAGUCCACUGACAAUGACUCCCCGUGGGACAGGUGGACAUCACCCACUGUUUAUACUAUCACUACCAGUACAGACGAAGAGGAGGAGGGAGAGGAGGAAAGCCCCGAGGAUACACAGACACAGACGGUCACAACCAUCACCACUAUCAGGGAGAUGCACAGUGAGCCAGAGCCUGCUAUGGAUCGGACUGUGACGGAAGAAGACCAGCGUGUCCAAACACCAGAACUUGAGGCAAAAAAGCCGUUUGUGUACGUGAAGGAGUAUGUCAAUGCAACAGAGCUGUCCUUGCAUAAUGCCAGAGACACGAUCGAUGGUGGGUCAGAUUUGACAUCAAGCUACACCAGUUACUCGUACAGCAGCCCAUCCACUUACUUCAGUGGCUCACUGUCAUCCACAUGUACAUACUGCGGAGAGCUGGUGGGCAAUGAUGCCAAGAUCUCCAUUGAGCACCUCAAUAUCAACUGCCACCCUGCCUGCUUCAAGUGUGCUGUGUGUAGUAAGCCAAUGGGAGACCUUCUCGACAGUAUGUUCCUACAUGGUGGGAAAGUCAACUGUGAGAGCUGCUACUCCAAAGCCUUCGAGUGAUUAUUGAAGCUCUUCAGCAGCCUCUUAUCCUCACCCCCUUCCCCUCAUGCUCAUUUGCAUAUAAAGUGAGAACUGGUCUUUCAAAAAGUUUAGACUGUAUCCGGUUUGAACUGAAUGAUGUGGUUUAGGGUGACCAAAGAGGCAUGUUUUAGUGAACAAUAUGACUACUUAAUGUUGAUCCUUGCAUCAGGUUAAAUUUCUAAUUUCUCGAACAUAUUAUACAAGCUUGUGUUUUUUUUUUUGGGUGGUGAAAGCUAUAUCUGCCUCAGUAAACUAUGAAGGAAAUGUCUGUAGAGCAACUGUGAACAGACUAAUGGGCAGUGGGGUAAGCUAUGAUAAUUUAGCAACAAUAGUUAUGCAAGAAAAUGACUUUAUUACAAAAUGUUAUUUUGCUCUUCUUGAUACAAAAUAGUGUGUUCACAUGUAUGAUGAUUUGUUAAGAAAAUAAAAUGAUUUAUAUAA